UCCUGUUGGCAUCCAGCUGCUCACAAGAGCUCCUCGGAGCCCAGUGUGCAAGCUACAGGAAGCAAAUGAGCUGGUAAAGCAGCAGCUGCCUGGAAGGAUUUUGCAAUUUUGCAGAAGUCAGAAGGACUUGCCACCUGUAGCAGACACAGUAUGUCCCGAGAUUCCCCUGCGGGCGGCCAAGGGGCCAGAGGACCUGACCUGAGAAUCAUCCUGGUUGGUAAAACAGGAGCUGGGAAAAGUGCGACAGGAAACACCCUCCUCGGCGAGAGCAGGUUUGAGUCCAAGCUCAGCACAAAGCCAGUAACACAGACGUGCGCCACGGGGAGGGUGACAUGGAACGGGAGGGAGGUUCUGGUUAUCGACACUCCCGAUAUUCUGGGCACAAAGGCCCCUAAGGAAUCCUCCGCCCAGGAGAUCACUCGCUGCAUCGCGCUGUCCUGCCCCGGCCCCCAUGGGCUGCUGCUGGUCACACAGCUGGGCCGUUACACUGCCGAGGACCAGGCAGCUGCCAGGCGGAUCCGAAAGAUCUUUGGAGAGGAGGCCAUGAGGUACCUGAUCGUGCUGUUCACCCGGAGAGAGGACUUGGAC